GUAGAAGCGACGCUUUGCAAUUCUUUAAGACACCUGGCUGCCCAGUCUGCGGAGGCUGAGGCUAUGUCAACAUGCUCAUCCACUUUGGUCAGAGCCUUGCCCCGCAGAGUUUGUGGCAGGCGGGGUCCAAGCUGGUCCCAUCAAGGGCGGCGAGCGUUUGCAGGCUUUGGCCAAUUUCCCUUUGGUGCUGGUGGUUUCCCAGGACAAGGUCCACCCCCAGGUGGAGGAGAUGAUAGGCUGUACCAGUUGCUUGGGAUCGAUCGCACUGCUGAUGAGGCGGCAAUCAAGAAAGCUUACAAGAAGGAGGCAAUGAAGCAUCACCCGGACCGUGGCGGUGACGAAGCCAAAUUCAAAGACAUUUCCAAAGCAUACGAGGUCUUAUCGGACCCUCAGAAGCGUCAAAUCUAUGACGCUUAUGGCGAAGAAGGGCUGGAAGGUGCUGCUGGUGCAGAUGCAGGUGGUGCUCAGGGAAUGAAUCCCUUUGAUUUAUUCAGUCACAUUUUUGGUUUUCAAGCUGGAAACCAACAAAGACGUGGCAGACCCGUAACGGAAAGCGUAAGCUACGAAGUGGAGCUUACGCUUGAGGAGCUUUAUGCUGGCACCAGCAGAAGCGUUAGAUACGACAAGAGCAAGAUCUGCAACUCUUGCAGUGGGACAGGUGGCAAAAACCCACAACAGUGCCAGCGCUGCAAGGGUCUCGGAUAUGUUGUGACGAUGCAGCAGUUUGGGCCAAUGAUUCAGCAGUCGCAGUCUGUUUGCUCAACAUGCAAAGGAAAGGGAGUUAUUAUACUCCCAAAGGAUGUUUGUACCUCUUGCAGAGGCGGAGGGACUGUGAAGGAAAAAACGCCGUUCGAGAUCAAGAUCGAACCGGGGGAACAGGACGGUCACGCGUUCUGCUUCCGCGGUGCUUCGGACGAGGCGCCUGGACACGACCCUGGGGAUCUCAUCAUCAGGAUUCGAGAGAAAACGCACCCUUUGUUUCAGCGAGUCGAGGACAGUUUGGUCAUGGUGCGAAAAAUCAGCUUAGCAGAAGCCCUUUGCGGCUUCAAUUUUACCACGAAGUUUUUGGAUGGCCAAAAUCUGGUUAUCUCCAGUGAACCCGGCAAGGUGAUGAAGCCUGGUGACCUCCUGGUGGUUCCCGGGAAGGGCAUGCCUAGGAAACAGUCCACGAAGCGCGGAAAUCUUUUUGUGCAGAUCCAGGUGGAUUUCCCUCAGGAAGUUCCCGAGAAUAGCCGAGAGCGGCUGGCUCAACUGCUUGGGGGAGAACUGCCCAAGGAGGAGCCCAACGGCGAAGUCGCAAAGAAACUAUCAGCGCAGCAGGAGCAAAGCGUGAAGGAGGGUUGGCGACAGCAUGCCCAGAGAAAAGAAGAGCGACAAUCUACUCAACAAUGUGCCGUGCAAUGAACAAUGCUUGCAGGCAUUCCUUGUGAUAUGGACAUUUGAUGACAUUUGUUUUGUUGAUCUAUCACUUGAAACUGUGCGUGUUUUUUGGACGGUCUCGCGUGUUUUUUUCCGUUUUAGACUAUUAUUUUGAUUUUUGGGCAGUACCGACUUACCAACUCAUACCAAUGACCAGAUCGAAACGGACUGUCC